AUGUCGUUUAGGUGUGUGCGGGUCGAGCUUCUCACUUUCCAUUUUGCCACCACCAGUCCCCAUUCCGCAAGACUUCCAUACGAUUCGACGAUCGACGAAGACACCCUGAUGCGCAUCCACGUUCGUGUCCUGUUUGCUGUUGCGGCUCUAUUCGUGGACAUCCACACUACCGAAGCAUUGGUGCGGACGGAGACUAUGGAUGACGACACCCAGCUAUCUGGACACAUUCAUUCAACCGGGGAUAACGAUGUCACCCGCCAUCGCUUUUUGCGGGUGAGCGACGUGCAUGCUGAGGACGAGCAGGAGAGGGCUAACACCAAAGCGGUAUCGGCGUGGAUACGAAAGGUUGUCAGCAAGCUAAAGACUUCCGUGGUGAUUAAUUGGAAUCUGAUACUGGGCAGCGACCCCGAAUACGUGAGAGGCAAAUAUCCUGGCAACAAAGAGCUUGGUGAUAAGUACUCUAAGAAACGGGCGCAUGUUAAAUACACACUUAGUUAG